GGGCAGAAUAUGAAUGGAAGACAAGUGGGGCCCAGAUGGUGUCACCCAGCAACGGCGUGUCUCCGGACAGGAUUGACGACGAAGAUGAUUGCUUGCUUUAUUGCAAUUUGCGAAGAAGAACAGGGCAUGUUUUUGUGUCUGGAUCGAGCAAAGACACACACACGUGCAUGAAGUAAUGACCAUUACAUACAUUGGCACGGACAACACAACACAAAAUUCACAAAACACACAGACAUAGACAUCGACACGACGUCGUAAUGAUGGUUGGGUUGGGGAAGGAAGCAUUCAUUCAUUAUUGCCAUUGAAAUUUGGAGGCUCAAGAAAUCCGCUGCUCCUCCAUUAAUUUAUUAUUUUAUUAAUUAAUUUACCAACACUCUCUAUUAUUAUUAUUAUUAUUAUUAUUAUUAUUAUUAUUAUUAGUAUUAUUAUUCCAGCCAAUCAUUACAAGAGCUGACCGUUUUUGAGCCGACAACUCGUCCCCGAAACAGGGAGGCCCCACUGCUGCUUUGUCUUUCAUCAAUCUCUAUCCUGUCGACACGUGGCUCCAAUCGGACGGUCAUCCAUCCUUGACUUGACAACAGCACAGCCACAACACUACUGUGUCCUAAACGCCAUUGAUUUUUAUUAUUUACUUACACACAAUUCUGUAUAUAUAUAAUCGAUUUGCCCUAAGUUUAUGGUCGUCUUCUUGCUUAAGCUAAGCUCCAUGAACGAGCUUUGCAAGAAUUCUUUCUGUCUGAACCUAUCCAUAGCUACGCCUCCGUCGAUUCGAUCUUCUGGGCAACGUGCGAUGAAGGAAUUACUGGACAUAAACGAAGUGCCUUCGCCUGAACAGUUAGUAACAGAAGAAGAAAGCGAGGAAGAAGAUGAAGAAAGCCCGAAUAUAGGUGACCCGAACCCGAACCCGAGAAAGAAACUCCGACUUACUAAACAUCAGUCUCGCCUUCUUGAAGAAAGCUUCAGACAGAAUCAGACCUUAAACCCUAAGCAGAAGGAAAUAUUAGCAGAUCAAUUAAAGCUUAGGGCAAGGCAGGUUGAGGUCUGGUUUCAAAAUCGCAGAGCAAGGAGGAAGAUGAAGCAAGCAGAAGUGGAAUGCGAGUACUUGAAAAGAUGGUUACGGUCACUGACAGAGCAGAACCGGAGACUGCAAAAGGAAGUCCAGGACCUCAGGGCCAUCAAAGCCACCGCCGGCCGCCGCCUCCCGCCGCCGACUUCCGCCGUCACAAUGUGCCCUUGCUGCCAGCGUGUCACCACCACCACCACCACCACCACUGCAGCCGCAGCUACUCUUCCGUUUCUGCACCCACACAAUUAUCACUGCACUAAUUAAAUCAAUGCUUAAUUCCUCAUAUAUAUAUAUAUUUAUUGUAUGUAUAUAGUCCUCUUGUUAGUAUGAAAUACCUCCCUCUCCCUCUCUCUCUCUCUCUCUCUCCAGUUAUAUAUAUAUAUACAUAUGCAAUGGACACACGAUACGUACAUAUAUUUUCAAGUAUAACA